GCCUGCGCAGCAGACCUGGGGGCCAGCACUUCCUCCCCACACGGGGCUGGGCUGGGCUGGGCGGAGGGAAGGAGCCUGCUUGCAGAUGAGGUGACACAUCCCUGCCGGGCCACCCCAAGCAGCAGCUGGGCCAGCAAGCAGCUGGAACACAGGCCACUGUUCCCCUGGGGGCUUCAGAAUGGACCUGUGUCACCCAGACCCAGUGGAGCUGAGCAGUGGGGAGACAGAGGAGCUACAGCGGAUCAAAUGGCACCGGAAGCAGCUUCUGGAGGACAUCCAGAAGCUGAAGGACGAGAUAGCUGACGUGUUUGCCCAGAUCGACUGCUUCGAAAGUGCAGAGGAGAGCCGGAUGGCCCAGAAGAAGAAGGAGCUGUGCAUCGGACGCAAGAAAUUCAACAUGGACCCCAGCAAGGGCAUCCAGUACCUCAUUGAACACAAGCUACUGACGCCUGACGUCCAGGACAUCGCCCGGUUUCUCUACAAAGGCGAAGGCCUCAACAAGACAACCAUAGGUGUCUACUUGGGGGAGAGGGACCCUGUCAACCUGCAGGUCCUCCAGGCCUUUGUGGACUGCCACGAGUUCGCCAACCUCAACCUCGUCCAGGCCCUCAGGCAGUUUCUAUGGAGCUUCCGGCUGCCGGGAGAGGCCCAGAAGAUCGACCGGAUGAUGGAGACCUUCGCCACCCGAUACUGCCUCUGCAACCCGGGCGUCUUCCAGUCCACAGACACCUGCUACGUCCUGUCCUUCUCCAUCAUCAUGCUUAACACCAGCCUCCACAACCCCAACGUCCGGGACAGGCCGCCCUUCGAGCGUUUUGUGUCCAUGAACCGGGGCAUCAAUGAUGGCAGUGACCUGCCCGAGGAGCUGCUAUGGAACCUCUUUGACAGCAUCAAAAGUGAGCCCUUCUCCAUCCCUGAGGAUGACGGCAAUGACCUCACUCACACCUUCUUCAACCCGGACCGCGAGGGCUGGCUGCUGAAGCUGGGGGGCCGAGUGAAAACGUGGAAACGGCGCUGGUUCAUCCUGACCGACAACUGCCUCUACUACUUCGAGUUCACCACUGACAAGGAGCCACGAGGGAUCAUACCCCUUGAGAACCUCUCAGUGCAGAAGGUGGAUGACCCCAAGAAGCCAUUCUGCCUGGAGCUCUACAACCCCAGCUGCCGGGGCCAGAAGAUAAAGGCCUGCAAGACAGAUGGGGACGGCAAGGUGGUGGAAGGCAAACACGAGUCCUACCGGAUCUCGGCCACCAGCGCCGAGGAGCGGGACCAGUGGAUCAAGGCCAUACGUGCCAGCAUCACCCGCGUGCCCUUCUACGACCUCAUCUCUGCUCGAAAGAAGAAGAUUGCCAGCAAGCACUGAGCUUCCUGGGG